GUUGAUCCCAACGCCCAAAAAAGAAACGGGCGUAAUGUAAUCAUUGUGUUCAUCGAAAUCGGGUUUUGCUGAAGUUUUGAACAAAUUUGUUCCCGAAUCUGAAGGUUUAGGAAGUUCGGAAAAGAAUACUAGCAUUUGGGAAGAGAGAGGAGAAAUGGGGGUUAUGUCGAGGCGGGUGCUGCCCGUCUGCGGCAGUAUCUGUUGCUUCUGUCCAUCGUUGAGGGCGAGAUCCCGGCAACCUGUCAAGCGAUACAAAAAGCUUAUUGCAGAUAUCUUUCCUCGCUCCCAGGAUGGAAAACUAAAUGAAAGGAUGAUGAUAAAGCUCUGUGAGUACACCUUCAAAAAUCCAUUGCGGAUACCCAAGAUUACAGAUAAUCUAGAGCAAAGAUUUUACAAAGAACUACGCAAUGAACGAUUUCUUUUUGCAAAGGCCGUGCCUUGCAUUUACAGCAAAUUGCUAGCUUCAUGUAAGGGGCAGAUGCCAUUGUUUGCCACAAGUAUCCUCUCCAUUAUACGCACUCUUCUUGAUCAAACCAGACAAGAUGAUAUGCGCAUCCUUGGUUGUCUUACUCUUGUUGACUUUCUCAAUAAUCAAGUUGACAGCUCCUAUAUGUUCAACAUAGAAAAUCUUAUUCCAAAACUUUGUCAGCUUUGUCAAGAAGCUGGAGGUGAUAAGGGCCUUCUUUUGAGGUCGGCAGCAUUGCAGGCUCUUUCUUCCAUGGUUCGCUUCAUGGGCGAUUACUCUCAUAUAACUUUGGAGUUUGAUAAGUGGGGGUUAAUUUUAAGGCUCCGUGAAGAGGACGAUGAGCCAUCCUUCUCCGUGAAAAGGAGCUGCUUCUUGAACAAAUGUAGGCCAUUGUUUGCCACAAGUAUCCUCUCCAUUAUACGCACUCUUCUUGAUCAAACCAGACAAGAUGAUAUGCGCAUCCUUGGUUGUCUUACUCUUGUUGACUUUCUCAAUAAUCAAGUUGACAGCUCCUAUAUGUUCAACAUAGAAAAUCUUAUUCCAAAACUUUGUCAGCUUUGUCAAGAAGCUGGAGGUGAUAAGGGCCUUCUUUUGAGGUCGGCAGCAUUGCAGGCUCUUUCUUCCAUGGUUCGCUUCAUGGGCGAUUACUCUCAUAUAACUUUGGAGUUUGAUAAGAUAAUCUCAGUGACUUUGGAAAAUUAUGAGGUUCUGAUGGACUUAGAAAAUGGAAAGAAGAAUCUACAAAGUUUGCAACCACAAAGUAUCCAGACCCAAUCUGCUAUCCUGAAAGCGGGGCAGUUUUCAUCCUUAAGGAAUUCUGUAAAUAAGGUCCCAUCAUUCCGUCUUAACAAUAAAGCCGAGUGUGCUGCCUUAAUGGAUGUUUCUCGAAGCCCUUCAUAUUGGUCAAGGGUUUGUUUGCAAAACAUGUUUAAUAUUGCCAAAGAAGCAACAACAGUGCGGCGUAUUUUGGAGCCCCUUUUGUGUAUUUUUGAUGAGGGAAAUUAUUGGUCUGCUGACAAAGGAAUUGCUAUUUCUGUUCUGUCAUUGGUGCAGGAAUUGAUGGAAAAAUCAGGACAAAACAAUCAUUUACUGCUUUCUAUGGUCAAACACUUGGAUCACAGGAAUGUUGCCAAACAGAUUGACUUGCAGGUUAACAUUAUCAAGAUUGUCACGCAGAUAGCUCAACAUGCACAAUUGCAAGCUUCAGUCUCUAUUGUUACAGUAAUAGGUGACCUGAUGAGACAUUUGCGUAAAUGUUUGCAAUGUUCUAUUGAAGCAUUUAAUAUUGGAAGGGAAACCAGUAAAUGGAAUUCUAUCUUUCAUUCUUCUUUGGAAGUUUGUCUCAUGGAGCUAACAAAGAAGGUAGGUGAUGUUGGAACAAUCCUCGAUAUGAUGGCUGUUAUGCUGGAGAACCUUCCUACUUCUCCCAUGGCCAGAGCAACAGUGUCUUCUGUUUUCAGAACUGCACAAAUAGUAGUCUCCAUUCCAAAUUUAUCCUAUAAAAACAAGGCUUUUCCAGAAGCUCUAUUUCAUCAACUUGUCUUGGCAAUGGCACACCCAGAUCAUGAAAUUAGAGUUGGCUCCCAUCGAAUUUUCUCUGUGAUUCUCUUACAUUCAAAUGUUUAUCCUUGGUCUAUUCCUCUCUUAGUUUCAAAUGGAGUUUAUGAUCAGAGGCAAACCCUUUUGGUAGCUAUUUCAGGGUUUGCAUCUGUUGAAACCAUAUUGGAGAAGCUUAGUAAAGAAGACUGUUCUCUUGAGAAUGAAUCCAAAGAGCAUAAUCUCAAAUUAACUGAUAAAGCAGAAGAUACAAGUGUGGAAGAAGCUCAUGAUGAAGAUAUCAAGCAGUGUGUGGUCUGCCCAGCUCCAGCUAGCAUGGAACUCUACCUACCUUACCGAACAUCUGAUGGAACAUCUGAGUUGAUGUCCGUAAGAUUGAGUGGUUACCAGGUGGGUCUUCUUCUGUCGUCAAUUUGGGCCCAGGCAUCCUCUCAAGAGAACACCCCAAGCAAUUAUGAGGGAAUGGCACAUAUAUAUUAUCUUGCUUUAUUGCUUUCUCAAACCAAAUUUUUCCAUCAUUGUACAUGGCGGGCUUGAAGAUGUUAGGGUAUGACGUAAUUAGUGUUUUCCU